UAGUGUUCAGGCCUUGCCGUAGAUGUUGAGUAGUUCACUGGGUUUAAGAAAAUGUGACUAGACCUGGCAACCCUGCUCGUGAAGGCUCUAGAAACGUCGAAGGCGCGGUAGCUGCGUCACAGCGUCAGGUCGGAUUCAGAGUCCUCGAGGUGUAGACAGGGUGGCCUUGCAGUGUGUAGAAUACAAUACACAGUUCUGUAGUUCGCACACACUUUUCUACAGCCCAUUGAAACGAAAUCCCCACAAGGACAGUAUUCUAAAUUGAAUUGUGUAUCCCCAAGGAGACGGCGAUCACAACGGAAUUUGACAUACAACAAGACAUGCAUCCAGCGACUGCUAAGUGGUAUGACAGACGGGACUCCGUCUACAUCGAGUUCUGCGUAGCGGACAGCAAGGAUGUCAAGAUCAAUUUCGAGAAAGCAAAGUUUGCUUUCAGUUGUCUUGGAGGAACUGACCAAGUCAAACACGAGAAUGAAGUAGACCUUUUCGAAGCCAUUGAUCAAAAUGAAUCCAUGCACAAACGCACAGAUCGGUCAGUGUUGUGCUGUUUGCGAAAAGCAGAACCUGGGAAGCCGUGGCUGAGGCUAACAAAAGAGAAGGCUAAGCUAACUUGGCUCAGCGUCGACUUUAACAACUGGAAAGACUGGGAGGACGAUUCGGAUGAGGAGCUAGGCAACUUCGAUCGUUUCUCAGAGGUAGGAGAUGGGGAUAUGGCGUUCAACACACAAGAAGCAAUGGCUAAAAUGAUGAACAACAUGGGAGGGGAAGAUGACCUACCUGAUCUAGAUGGUGCUGAUGAUGAUGAGUCUGCAGAUAGUGACGAUGAAAAAAUGCCUGAUUUGGAAUGAAAAACCUCAAACCUGGAAGAGGGAUGGAAGGAAGAAUCAAACUAUCUUGAAAUUGAAGACUGGGGGGGAAAAAAUCUGUACGGAUAUGAGUCGGUAGCCAUGUUUAAAUCCAUAGCCUCUGCUCCAGAGCUAAUUUCCAAUCAGUCCACUUAAGGUUGAUAUGCAUAGUGUUGUACAGAGUAGCAGUCUCCACUUCCAUUUGCAGUGCUGCACUCUUGGCGUGUCCUGUUUUUACUAUUAUUAGAUUAAGCAUUCAUGAUUUGUUACGGAUGUACUGUAUAGUCAUCCUCAACCUAGAAAGCAAUACAUGUGAAGAGAUUGUCAAGUGUAAUGAAAAGUAAUUAAACAUCUGUUUCAUCCUCCCCCACAAGGUUCUGUGUUAAGUUAGUUGAGCAGUGUACCAGAACAGUUGAACAUUUUCUGUUUGGUUCCCACUUGUGAGCCUCCCUCCCCUGUGGCAUAUAGAUAGUGAUCAGAGAAACGGUUCCGUGUUUCAGUAGCUUAACCUUUACGCUUACGUGUUUCCCUUUCUUCCUCACCUGUUAUGUCGCAAACAGUUUUUCAAUGUUAUGUUCAUUUAGAUUUGAAAUGUUCUGGAAUUCAUUACAGGCAUCUGACUUGAUAUGUUGCUCCCCACUUUUUGUUAUUUGACUAAUCCUGUAUUACUAUUUGCGAUCCAACAGCAGUUGAGUUAUUCACACAUUUACGCAGGAAUAGCGCAUACACAUUCCUAUCUGUUUAGGCCUUUGUAAACAUCUGGAUUUGUCUUGUACCCUAAAGAAUAUUCCAUCUGUUUAGAGUUAUGGCAGUUAAAAUAUCCCUUGUGUGGGGAGUGGGUUGUUGAUAUGAGAUGGUAAACUUGUAUGAUGACCAAAUUAUAUUUGCACUGUCAAGAAAAUGUAAGUCCGGGGAGAUGAAUAGAAGCGUCGUUAUUGGUGGUCGUUAAUUGGUGUGUAUGUCAACUUGUCAGGUUAUCACAGGCUGAAGAACUUAAAUUGAUGUUGAAUUGCAGUGGAUUUUUUUAUUUUUUAUUGUCUGUCUUUUUAAUAAACUAAGACUCAUGUUUCA